UUUUGAAAAUGAACAGUUUGGCCCGAGGGCCGAGGCCCUGCGUCUCCACCCUCUACGCGACAGUGCGGCAGCAGUGCAACAUCAACGAUAGCUACUACAAGAAUAAAAGCAUCAACACGCAGAAGAUCAGCAACACUGGCUGCAACACACUAAAAAGUACGUUCCUAGGCACAAUUGGCAGUACUUUGGGCCCGCACAGUGCGGCCGCCCGAUCGUUUGCGUCUGCAUGGAGUCAAUGAGACGUAACGAGGCGAACACUAGCCACCACCCGAAUAAGGUGGCCCUGAAUAGCAGCAACGUAGCAACGGAAAGCAAUAUUAAGAGUAAAUUGUUAGCUAAUUUAAGUGCGGCAAACGCAACAACAACGAUAGCAGCAGGAAUAGCGGCUACAACAACAGCAGCAGCAACAACAACAGCGGCAGCAGCAACGACAGGAGCAGCAGCAACGACAACGGCAGCCACAAACCAAGCAUUGAAUUUCAAUAACAAAGUGAAGGCAACAACAGCAACGAAUAAUUUGCAAGGCAACAGUGCGAUUAAGAAGCAUACGAAAUUGAUUGGCGCUAGCAAAGCAAACGCUGGAAAUACAACGACAGCAAACAACUCAACAGCGUCGGCCAGUAGCAGCAGCAGCAGCGCAUCAAAUUCAAGUGAAUCAAAGGACACAAACUUUGAGUACGAGGACGAGUGGAAUAUUGGCGGCAUACCAGAACUGCUGGACGAUCUAGACGCUGACAUCGAAAAGUCGGCGGAGCAUUCGGGUGGUGGCAACCAAACGACUGCAACACCAACAACUCCAGCAGCAGCAGCAGUAACAUCAACAACAACGACAACGCUAAAUGCUAAACAAGCUAACAGCACAGCAGCAGCAUCCUCAUUAUCAACAGCAGCAGCAGCAGCAGCAGCAGCGGCAGCUCACAAAUCGCACAAGACCACAUUGCAUAGCAAUUUGUCGGCCACAUCGCCAACCACAAUUAAGUUCACACGCCAGCCCAUUGCCAGCAGCGGCAGCGCCAACGCAACGCCAGCAGCGGCAAUAGCAGCUAGUAGCAACACUAGCAACAGCAACAACAACAGCAGUAGCACCAACAGCUCAGCUGUGCUAUCUAGUAGCAAGGGAUCGUCCUCUUCCACGGGCAAACAUCAUCAUCACCACCAUCACCAUCAUCAUCAUCAUCAUAGCACAGCUAGCAAGGGCUACAAAUCAGCAUUAGUGGCACAGCUAAACAGCCCUGGUCUCAAUCACAACAACAACAACAAUCAUCAACAAACAAAAAACAACAACACCAGCAGCAGCAGCAGCCACAACAACAUCAACAACMCAAACAGCAGCAGCAGCAGCGCAGCCAACGCAGGCACCGGCAGCACAUUGUCCUCCUCGACAUUUGCCGGCUUCUCCAAAGGCGGCAAUUUGGUCUCUUCCUGCGUCAGUCAGUCUUCCACUACAGCAGGCGGCAGCAGCAGCAGCAGCAGCAGCGGCAGCAGUAGCGGCGGCGGCAGCGGCAGCGGUCAGCAGCAAGCUAAACUCUCCGCUGGCGGUAUGUCCUCGCAGGCAGGCAGCAACACUAGCAACAGCAACAACAACAGCGGCAGCGGCAACAGCAGCAGCAACAAUAGCAGCAGCGGGAACAACAACAGCAGCAGCAUAGGCAGCAACACAAUUGGUGGCGCCACAGUCGGUGGCCAAGGUUCGCAAAGCGGCAGCGGUAAAUCGAGCGCAAAAAUGUCCAUUGAUCAUCAGGCAACGCUCGAUAAAGGACUCAAAAUGAAGAUCAAACGCACGAAGCCCGGCACCAAAAGUUCCGAGGCCAAACACGAAAUAGUCAAGGCCACAGAUCAACAGCAGCAGCAGAACGGUGCGCUGGGCAACAGCAGCUCGAACAGCAGCAGCCAGCAGGGCAGUAGCAACAGCAGCAAUGCCAAUGCGUCUUCCCUCAGCAACAAUUCAAGCAGCAGCAGCAGCAGCAACAACAACUCGGGCAACUCUUCCGGCUCGAACAGCAGCAGCAGCAGUGGCAGCAGCAGCAAAAAGCAUCUCAACAAUUCCAGCAGCAGCAGCAGUAGCAGCAGCAACAACAACAGCAACAAUAACAACAACAGUAGCAACAGCAAUGCCAAUCCAAAUAAUACGCACGGCAGCAACAGCAGUAGCAGCAGCAGCAGCAACAACAACGCACAGUCAACGCCGCAGGGCAACAAGCGAGGGAGCUCUGGGCAUAGGCGCGAGAAGACAAAGGAUAAGAACGCACAUUCCAAUCGCCUCAGCGUAGACAAGUCAGCUGCAUCGGCAGCUGGUGAAAAAGACACGCCCGAAAAGAACGCCAGCAACAGCAACAGCAAUAGCAACAGCAGCAGCAGCAACAACAACAACAAUAACAACAGCACCAGCAACAGCAACAAUUGCCAGUGCAAUGGAGAUGUUGCUGCGGGCUCAGCGCCGCCGUGCUCACAUCAUGCCUGCAUACGCCGCAGCAUGGGCAACAACAACGGCAGCAACAAUGCCACAGCCACGGCUGUGCCGCCCGGCGUAUUUACGCCCUCUGCCGGCUCGCCGGCUGCUGUGGUCUCGGCGGCCGCCUCGCUGCUGGCUGCCACAACAGCGGCCAGCAAUGCCUCGCAGUCAGCUGCGGGCAAUGGCAGCGGCAGUGGCUUGAAUGCUGGGGCUGCCAAUGCGCCUGGGCCGCCGGGCAAGGAUGCAAGCAUUAAGAUAUCCUCACACAUUGCCGCACAGCUGGCCGCAGCGGCUGCAUCAUCCAGCGGUGGCGGCAACAGCAAUGCCAGCAACAGCAGCAGCGGCAACAACAACAACAGCAACAACUACACGGGCAGCCAGAGUGGUUCAGCUGCGGCGGGCGGUGCAAAUGCCGCAAAUGCCGUCGCAGGCAGCAAUGCUGACAGCAAGGCGGCCAGCCUGGCACAGGCCAAGCUAAUGGCGCCCGGCAUGAUCUCAGCCACCAUGCACCACACGAUUUCGGUGCCCGCCAGCAGCAGCAACAGCGGCGGUGUCGGCGUUGGUGGUGGUGCCGCCGAUGAGGGGAGCUCAUCGCCGCCUGCCAAACGUGCCAAGCAUAGCGACAACAGCAAGGACAUGGUCGACAUCUGCAUUGGCACCUCGGUGGGCACCAUCACCGAGCCGGACUGCCUCGGCCCCUGCGAGCCCGGCACCUCGGUCACCCUCGAGGGCAUCGUGUGGCACGAGACCGAGGGCGGCGUGCUCGUCGUGAAUGUGACGUGGCGCGGCAAGACCUAUGUGGGCACCCUGCUCGAUUGCACCCGACACGAUUGGGCUCCUCCAAGAUUCUGUGAUUCACCAACUGAAGAAUUAGAUUCUCGUACUCCAAAGGGACGCGGCAAGCGCGGACGCAGCGCAGGUCUGACGCCCGAUCUGAGCAACUUUACCGAAACCAGAAGCUCGAUCUACUUCUCGCAUGCCCAGGUGCACUCGAAGCUGCGCAAUGGCGCUACCAAGGGACGCGGUGCGACGCGUAGCGCCACUGGCAAUGCGACCAAUAGCGGCAGCUCGUCGGGCAAUGGAGGCGGUGGUGGUGCCACGCCCAGCACCUCACCGACAGCAUUUCUGCCGCCGCGGCCCGAGAAGCGCAAGUCGAAGGACGAGGCGCCAUCACCGCUCAACGGCGAGGCCGGCGACGGUGCCGGAGGCAUGGUGAGCAUGGUGAAUGCCAGCGGCAUUCCCAUCUCGGCCAGCGGCGGUGGCCUGGCCACCCAGCCGCAGAGCCUGCUCAAUCCAGUGACCGGACUCAAUGUGCAAAUCAACACAAAGAAAUGUAAGACUGCCUCGCCCUGCGCGAUCUCACCGGUGCUGCUCGAGUGCCCCGAGCAGGACUGCAGCAAGAAGUACAAGCACGCCAACGGGCUGCGCUACCAUCAGUCGCAUGCGCACGGCGCCAGCGGCAGCAGCAGCGGCGGCGGCGGUGUCAGCUCCAUGGACGAGGACUCCAUGCAGGCGCCCGAUGAGCCAGCAACGCCGCCAUCGCCGCUGCCAGCAGUGGCAGCAGCAGCUGCAGCGGCGGCGGCGGCAGCGGCGACUCCAACAGUUGCCGCUAACGGAGCAGCCACCCCAACAGCACCACCAGCCACAACACCAACAGCAGUAUCGCCUUCAGCCGCAGCCGCAGCAACAGCAGCAGCAGUGCCUGUUGCUACUACUGCAGCAGCAGCGGCAGCGGCAGCAGCAGAGGCAAACGGCGCAACAGCAAAUGGCACUGCAUUGCCAGCUGCUGCAGGCGCAGCCACAGAUCCAGUAGCUGCUGCUGCUGCUGCUGCAGCGGCUGUUGCUGCUGUUGCUGGUGUGGCGGCACCAUUGCCAGUGUUGCCGCUGGUUGUCACGACAGCUGCCGUGCCACAGCCACCGCCAGCAACGCCCACACAAGCGCAGCCAGCAGCAGUGUUGCCAUCCGGUGGCAUGCCUGGCAGCCAACCCAUUGCAGGCGGCAGCAUCACGGCCGGCAUCUCCACACAGGCGCUGUCCCAGCAUCAGCUGCUGGGCGGACUCGUCGGCGCCGGACUGCCGGCAAUGCUAUCCGAGCAGCAGCAGCAGGCGCUGCUACAGCAGGGRGCAUUAAAAGCGGGCGUCUUACGCUUCGGUCCACCUGAUGCGGCAGCUCUGCAGCAACAGCAACAGCAGCAGCAACAGCCGCCGCCUGGCGUUAACACGCAGCAGUCGCUGCCUGGACAGAGUCCACUGCGUCCGCCCAGUCUGUCGCAGGAUCCGCAACAGCCACCCGCCGGCGGCUAUGUGCCACAACAGCAACAGCAGCCGCCGCCAGGGCUGAAGAGCUCGCCUGGCUUUGGGCCUGCUUCGGUGGGCGCCAGCAGCAAGCAGAAGAAGAACAGGAAAUCGCCUGGUCCGGGCGAUUUCGAUGGCAGUGUUUCGCGCGAGGAUGUGCAGAGUCCAGCGUACAGUGAUAUCUCGGAUGACUCCACGCCCGUUGCGGAGCCAGAGCCGCUGGACAAAUCGCAGCCGGUCAAGCAUAUUGAGCUGCUUGGCAAGAAACCCAGCGAGGUGGGCGUGCCACCAGCGCCAACGCCCAAUAUACCGCCCUCGCUGGCCGGCUAUGGCAUGUAUCAGUUCUAUCCGGCGGCACAGCAGCAGCAGCAGCAGCAACAACAACAGCAGCAACAGCAACAACAGCAGCAGCAACAACAGCAACAGCAAUUGCAACCACCGCCGCUGCCACAGCAACCGCAGCCACAGUACAUGGUGCAACCCGGUCCGGAGGCACUGCAACCAGGCAAGCAGCAACUGCAACAGCCGGGGGCACCGCCAGCUACCUCACAGACGCCACAGUCGCAUCUGUUGGCGCCGCCCGCCCAGCAGGCUGUCGGCCACCUGACCGACUACAGCAACAAGAACAAGGAGCCGCCAUUGGACCUGAUGACAAAGCCACAAUCACAGCCAAGUGGCCCACCGCAGCAGCAGCAGCAGCAGCAGCCCGACAACAACGGCAAGGACAACGGUCCACCCCCAUCGCAGCCGGCGCAGGUGCAACCGCCGCCGGUUAAUCUCAGCGCUGUGGCUGGACCACCUGGCGGUCUGCCGCCUGGUAUUGCUGGGCUAGCGGGUCUAGGCGGACCAUCGCCUGCCAAGGCUCUGGGUCAUUUCUAUCCCUACAACUUCAUACCGCCGGGCUAUCCUUACAGCGUAGAUCCCAACUUUGGACCCGUUUCGAUUGUGGCCUCCGAGGAGGCCGCCAAGCUAGGCGGUCAUCCUGGUUUGCCGCCCAGCUCGCAGGCACAACAACAGCAGCAGCAGCAGCUCGCCGGCAUUAGCAUCAAGGAGGAGCGCACCAAGGAGAGUCCCAGCCCGCAUGAUAACCCCAAGCAUAUGCCGCCACAGCAGCAGCUGCUGAGCAACAAGCUAAUCAAACAGGAGCCAAUGAUCAAGCAAGAGAUCAAACAGGAACCCAAUCAGCAGCCACCGCCGCCAACGCAUCAGCAGCAGCAGCAGCAGCAACAACAACAGCAGCAGCAGCAGCAACAACAGCAGCCACCGCCACAGCCACAGCAGCCACAUGCACUGCAUCCAAAGGAUCUGCAGGCGCUGGGCGCUUAUCAUCCAAGCAUCUAUCAGCGUCAUUCCAUGAGCCUGGCGGCAGCAGCGCGCGAGGAUGAGCUGCGACGCUACUAUAUGUUCUCGGAUCAGCAGCGGCGUCAGAAUGCUGCAGCUGUUGCAGCGGCACAGAAUGCUUCCGGCAUGCAACCGCAUCCUGGAAUGCCGCCCCAGCAUAAAGAUGAGUCCAGCUUAAGCUCGCAACAGCAGCAGCAACAACAACAGCAGCAGCAGCAGCAACAGCAACAACAGCAACUAUCGCUAGCACAUCAGCAGCAAGCGUUGCAACAGCAUCACCAGCAUAUGCAGCAGCAGGCGCAGCAGCAACACCAGCAGCAGCAGCAACAGCAGGCGCAACAGCAGCAGCAACAACAGCAGCAGCAGCAACAACAGCAACAGCAGCAGCAGCAACAACAGCAGCAGCAGCAACAGCAACAACAGAAGCUUAAGCAAUCGCAAGCCAAUGCGGCAGCCAAUAACAAGGCAACCAACCUGACCAAGGACUCGCCCAAGCAAAAGGGCAACAGCGCCGCCGACGAUGAUCAGCAGCAGCAGCAGCUGAAGGUGAAGCAGGAGGGCCAGAAACCUACCAUGGAAACGCAAGGUCCGCCGCCACCGCCUACAUCGCAAUACUUCCUGCAUCCCUCGUACAUUUCGCCUUCGCCAUUUGGCUUCGAUCCCAAUCAUCCGAUGUACCGCAAUGUGCUGAUGUCCGCAGCUGGGCCAUACAAUACGCCGCCGUAUCAUUUGCCCAUAACGCGCUAUCAUGCGCCCGAGGAUCUGUCGCGGAAUACGGGCACCAAGGCGCUGGACGCACUGCAUCAUGCGGCCAGCCAGUACUACACCACGCACAAGAUCCAUGAGCUGAGCGAACGUGCACUCAAAUCUCCCACCAGCGCCAGCGGACCGGUCAAGGUCAGCGUCAGCAGCCCCAGCUUGGGUCUGCCGCAACCGGGCGGCGGACCUGGCAACGGUGGGCCCGGCUCUGGACCCAGCGUGCUGGGCGGUCCAGGUCCCAAUCCGCCCGGCUCGGCGCCAGGCAGUGCAGGCGGUGUUCCACUGAAUCUGCAGCCACCGCCCGGCAGCCUAGGCGGCCCGCCGUCCAACAAACCAGACAUGGCUGGCCAAAAAUCGCAUGGCGUGGCGCCCGGCGCAGCACUCGAUGCCCACAAGCAGCCGCUACCUGGUGCACCGCCCAUCGGUGCCGGCCCCGCUGGCAAUGGAGCUGUAGGAGUGGCCGGCGGCGGUGCUGGCAAUGGUGCUGCUGGUGGUGCUGGUGCCGCCGAUUCGCGAAGUCCGCCGCCGCAGAGACAUGUGCACACACACCAUCAUACGCACGUCGGCCUCGGCUAUCCCAUGUACACGGCGCCCUAUGGAGCGGCCGUUUUGGCCAGCCAACAAGCGGCUGCAGUAGCUGUGAUAAAUCCAUUUCCGCCGGGUCCGACAAAAUGAGAACAACUGAACGGCAGCAAC